AUGUUUUCUACAAUGAAACCGUCUUUGUUGUGUCUGUUAUUGACCGUCGCUGUUGUAACUGGCAGGAUACACAAGUUAUUCCUUACGGAUGAUGACCGACACUAUGUGGACCUCACAACCUUUGGGUUCUUUCAAGGCGGGAUGUUGGAUGUCCACAUGAUCAACUUCAUGUUACCCACAGGGCCAGUGGAAGGCGAGUAUGGGUUUACCCUGGAUCGAACGGUGAAUGAUGCCAUCAAUCCGUAUUUAGAAGCGCACACUGACACGUGUUUCUUAAAUGAAACAGAGAGUGGGUUCCUCUCUCCACAACACCCCGCCAUUGUCUUCUUGAAGAUGGACUUCAAACGGUUGAAAUUAAACAUAACGUGCAAGGGCGAAGUGACUGCAUUGCACCUGUACCAUAAUCGAUCGGCCGUACAGUUCGACCAAGGCAAACGCCAGUCGCAGUACAUGUUCAUAAACCGACGGCGGCGCGAUCUUGCAGCGGAGGAGAAGACUGCCCGCGAGCAAUGUUCGAACGCCGUCCUUAAUAUCACCAAAGAAACGCGAGACGGAUAUGAUUAUUAUAACACUAGUUUUGCCAUGUACGUGGCAUCGAGCAACGAGGAGGGGCUCUACAACCUAUAUUUCCACAACUGCCCGCGCGCUACCGGCAAACCCGCGCCGCUCAUCAACACCAUCAUUGAAAUCUACGAAAGCAACGAUGGCAAUUUCCUAUCAGCUGGCGAAAUGCCGUUGCCAGCACUAUACAGCAUGAUGUCUCUCAUAUUCUUCUUGAGCGCUGGUUUCUGGACAUUCCUUCUACGCACCAGUCGCCACACGGUGUACCGAAUACACAUUAUCAUGUGUGUGCUGGUGUACCUGAAGGCGCUGUCCUUGGCCUUCCAUGCGAUCAACUACCACUUCAUACAGACCAGGGGUGAACAUGUGACUGCGUGGGCUAUUCUGUAUUAUAUUACGCAUUUGUUGAAAGGCGCAGUGUUGUUCGUGACAAUCGUGCUGGUGGGCACGGGCUGGAACUUCAUCAAGCACAUACUCGCCGACCGCGACAAGAAGAUCUUCAUGAUCGUUAUUCCGCUUCAGGUGGUGGCGAACGUGGCAGAGAUAAUUAUCGCGGAAAGCGAGGAGGGUGCGGCGGAACAUAACGCGUGGCGCGACGUCUUCAUCUUCGUUGAUCUUUUGUGCUGCGUCGCCAUUCUAUUCCCCGUGGUGUGGUCGAUACACCACCUUCAGGACGCGUCGUCCACGGACGGCAAGGCGGCUAUCAACUUACGCAAGCUAAAGCUCUUCCGCCACUUCUACAUCAUGGUCGUUUGCUACAUUUACUUCACGAGGAUCAUAGUUUCACUAUUAAAGAUUACAGUGCCAUUCCAGUACUCGUGGAUAGAUGAGAUGUUUCGUGAGAUGGCGACGUUUGUCUUCUUCGUUAUGACGGGCUACAAGUUCCGCCCCGCAGCGGCUAACCCUUAUUUCACACCCUCAAACAUGGACGACGUCGAGCCGCAAGUUUUAUCAGAAAUAGGCGUGCUCGAAGGAGUGACGAAGAUUUCGAGAGGGGGCAAACGGGAGGACCAACAACCUCUAAUGGAGAACUACGACUCUAAUUAGCACUUUAACAGUUGCUUAGAAGGUACUACUGACAUGUUUAUUUCCUGUAUUCUAAAAUUUACUGCUUGGAUAAUAAUGUAGUUAUGUAAAAACACCAUAAUCAAUUGUAAUAUAUAGAUUAGUUGACUGACUACAUGUAAUGGUCUUGUAAUUUAAAAAAAUAUAUUGCGAAACGCAUUAUGUAUCUUCUGGAUGCACCAAUACCUGUAUAUGUAUGUUGCUCUUGUUUACAAUGUGUAUGUAACGAUACAUAGCGCGUUAAAAAUAUUUUUAUUAACGCGCGUUGUAUAUUUGGGAAGCACUGAUACUGACAGCAAGCUAUAUCUACACAAUACCGAUUACCGAUAGUAAUACCGAUUUUACUACUUAACUCAUCCCCCUUAUUAGCGCGUGGUACUUAGUCAACCACCUUUUGUUGUCUCGAAAACAGUGUUGUAUUCUUGAAAUUCGAAAACCAUAUAGGAAGUCUUGCGAGUAUAAAUACAGGUUGUCCCAAAAAUUCGAUCAACGCUAUUUUCUCUACAAAUUUAAAGUUUAACCUUUCUUGGCAAGAAUCACUUAUAGUCGUAGAGAUAAUAAGGUUUACGUUUAAUGGGUAGUUUUUUGAUGAAAUAAAAGUAGUGUUGUCUUAAAGGAUCAACAUCACUGGUUCAAUCAUUAAGUCUUUACAGUAAAAAAAUAUUUUUUUUAUCAUUUGUAGGUAUUUAUACAAUAAAAAUCAAGAACUCAGUUACAACAGUCUAACAGGAAAUUGAUAUAAUCUCACAGAGUACUAAAAAACCGACCUCAAAAGUCAUUCAUCCCCUAGUUUGCCACCCUUA